CAACCUCAUCCCAUCUAUUCCUGCUAGCUAGCAAACAUUCCAACCCUAAUUAAUCUCCCAUCACCUAGAGAAGAAAAACAUCAGCAACCAUGGUUCUCUUUGAUUUCAAAUCAGACAAGCACUUUGUUACCUCUUCGGACAAAACCACCCUUAGAGUUUGUGAGUUGAGCGAUCCUUCUAUUCACCCUUCUCUUAUACGAAAUGCUCACUGGAGAGAAGUUGGCAAUAUCACGGUUGAUAGCGACGAUGAUGAUAGAGACGUUGAUGAUCACUUGGCAGAAGAGCGGUACUACGACGGGCUGUUGUUUUUCGAUGGCCAUGGAAAGAUCGAGGGACGGCAAGCCCUAACCAAGCUAGCCCAACACCUCACCCGAUUGGGUUUGAUGGUGAGCCCUGGAGGGUGUUGCUUCCAAGACGUGACUGAGCUCCGCGAGCAUAAAGAGUUCGGGAUUCACUAUCUCCGAUUGAACGAUCUCUUCAACUGGUCCAAUCACGGUGUUUACUCGGCGAAGAUCGGCACGUGUCAGCGCUUGGAGUUGAAGUACAGCGUGCCUAAGCAUAAGAAAAUAACAAAGUCGCCGACGGUGGGCGUGGUGAGUAAGGAGAAGUACGAGGAGUUGAGAAGGACGUUGAACGAGAAGAAGGAGGAGCUGAAGAAGGUGACCACGGAAAUGGAAGACGAGAUACAAAAACUAAGGGAUGACCAUGAAGAAGAGCUACAGAAGGUCCAGCAAGAGAUGGAAGUGGCCAUUGACAAGAGAGAUGCCGAGCUACGGAAGGUGAAGAAGGAAAAGGGCGAGGAGUUGCGGAAUCUGAGGAAGGAGAAGGACGAGGAAAUACGAAAACUGAGGCGGGAGAUGCAUGAUGAAGUGGAAAGACUGGAGAGAGAGAAGGAUGAAGAAACAUCAAAGCUAGAUCAGAAGAAAGACGAGGAGGAAACGAUUGAUCACCAACCGGGAAAGGAGCAGGAAAUGAAGAUGUUGAGGAGGGAAGCAGACGAUUUGAAGAAGCAGGCCAAAGAGAAGGACGAGGAGUUACUGAAGCUGAGACGAGAGUUGGAGGAUCUACGAAGAUCGAAGAAGGAUGCUGAGGAAGAAGAAGGAGAUCAUAACCUAGAAGAGGAGAACAAAAAGGAUAAGGAAGCACUACAACAACUCAUAAAGGAGAAGGAUGCCAAAUUGCAAGAACUAGGAAACCAAAGGGACCAACUGUUGGGUAAGCUAGAGCUGUACAGUAACAACUCAUGGACAAAUCUAGUUUCUGUAAGAUACGUUGCUACCGGCUACGGCAGGCUCAGAAAACGGGUGCCGCGAGAGAAGUUUGAAAGAUACAGCGAAAUGAACAUCGUACAUGGCUGCCACCGCUACGCUCCACACACGACGGCGUUUUCGGCGUUCCCUCGGCUAUACAUCGGUGUUUUGGAUGAGGUGUCGACCGACCAUUGGCCGCUUCCACCUAGCGUUAAGUUUUUGGUUGGUAACGGCGGCCAGUUCGACGUCGACAACUGGUGGUUUAUGAAGACGUCUCACCCGGAAGGAGGCACGACGAUGCUGGCUUUUUACGACGGCAGUCUUUCGAGUUGUGCCGACGUCGGCUAUACAUGCAAUACGAGAUUGUGUUACCCUAGGGGUCGUGAUUUUUAUGCGGAUAGAAGCUUCUUCCUGGCUUGUGUGGAUAGUGAAUGGAGGCUGGCUUUUACGUAUCGAGAGUAGAUGAUGCUGCGAUGCUAGGCUCUUGGUGCAUGGCCUGUUUUUUUUCAUCAACUUUUUUCUCUAUUAUGCUUCGUUGUUUUUUCUCGUUCGUCUUCCCUUUUUGUCGUGAACUGAAAAGAUGUGGGACAAAUAAUUAGCCUUCUAAUUCUAGUACUGAUCAUUGAGAUUAGAACUUCCUACCACGCUAAUUAAUGAUAGUUUGGUGCACACACUAACAGUCGUUAGUCGAAUCCUCUAUUGUUAUAGCUGAUCGCGCAAAGGAAUAAUUGAAUGGUUGGUCUGAAAGUAAUUAGCUUCAUUGCUAGAGACUAAUUCUACCAAAAAUUAUAAACAAUAAAGAGAAACUGAAAAGGAACUCUUUUCUAAGAUACAUGCAAAAUUUCCAGCCGUUUUUAAAGUACAAGUAAAUGGUAAACCAUUUUUUUGCAAAUUUAUGUGUGUUGUUACUCCUCAUAUUACGGUAAAAAAAGGUAAAAUAUUUUCAAGAAUAAUCAAAUCGUCAGAGCAGUUAUUAUAAGAAAGCACAUAUAACUUAAUUUAUAAGGUCAAUGCUUGUCAAUUGUCAUCAUGUACUUUUGGUUUGUUAGAAGGAAUCAGUCGAUGGAUUAAUUGAAAAAAGAAAACCUCUAGCAUAGCCAUUUCCUGUGCACCAAGACUACUUUCCCUUAAAACAUCGUGACUCAAUGUCACUGUUUCAACUCGGAUGGAGCUCCAAUGUGCGCGGGUGCAGGGUGGUCACUGGUUGAGUCCUGAUGGGAUUUGCUUGGUUCAGUUGCGUUUUUACCACGGUUUGUCUUUGUUGCGACAGUUUAGUCACUUGGAUCCUCUCUUUCCCCCUCACUCGAGUUGAUCACAUGGCAACUAUUUGCCCCUUUGAGUUCUAGGACAAGAGAGGUAGUGACUACUAUUUUGGGUUUUACUUUUUGCUUGAGAUGACCGUUGAUUGGAGGGGGCUAGAGUUGACGCAUUGAAGUGGACAAGCAGUGAGGCCACAUUGGAGAGAGGGAAGCUAAGGUGAGUCUGCACUCUGCAACUUCCUUGGUUGUAAGCAAGGCCACGUUGCCGCAUCGGUUCUUGGAGCUCAGGGCAGGAAAAAGCAAACUCUGUUGUGUGUGUCAAGGCUUAUCAGGGAAGACAGAGCAACUAUCUCCUACUCCCAAGUUUUCCCUGACACCCAGCUCACAAUCCCAUAUCUCUCUGUUUUCGUGGCUCUUUUCUUCUAUACAUCUACUCUUCUAUUUCUCUUCACCCCAACAUUGUUCCCUGUCUCUCUCUCUCUUCGUCUUUCUCCCCUUCUCCCAAAGAUGCUCGCUCGGGCAAAUUGCCCGUUUGUCUUCAGGGAUUGCAGACACCAGCUUGGAGAUUUCACAUUCUACACUCAUCCUCUUUGCCCUAGGAUUCAUCCUCAACCGUGGAAGACCGUCGAGGCGAAGAAGACGAUAUAAAGCUACGUAUCUGAACUGGGUUCAAGGACUAACCGUAUCUGUGCAGAGAAGGUGAAAUGCCUGGGUGUAUAAAUGUAAAAUGUUUUACGUAAUAUUUAACUCGAUUGCUUCCCCUGAUCACCAGCUUUGUCGUUCUGCCAUUUUUGUAGGCUUAAGUUGCAGUUGGAACAUCAACGAUGAUGGUGGCCAAGAGAAUCAGGUAGGGAGAGGCGGGGAAAUCCUAGAGUUGUGCGGUUUGGAAUUCCGCCGGCUAUUUCUCUUUUCCACCUAUUCUCACCCAUAUGUGGGGGUUCAUGUGAGCAUCCAAUAUUUGUUCUUUUGUUUCUCUACUCUUUGUGGGUUGUGAUUUUAUUCUCUAUCCCCUUCUGCUUGCAUAUACCCCGAACUGAUUAAGGAUGCCCAUGAUCAUUUUCUUGGAGUCGUCUUCGAUAGAGACGGAAACCAGAGACAUAGACGAAGGUUAUUCUAUCUUUGAUGGUUCUGUCAAUCUUUUCCCCCUCUCUCUACUCCUAUUGUCUAAACUAGCUUCCUCUUUUCUAAUACAUGCCUUUUGUUUGA